AUGUUCACGGUGAAGUCAUUUGAUGUUGAGAACCCGGUGCUUACCUCUCUUAGGGGUCUGGUCCAUGCCAACCCUCAAUUGACGCUCAUUGAGUCGGACAAAGUGGUGAUCAGAAAGUCUUCAAAGGACAAGGUGUCUGUGCUUUCUGGCGGUGGUGCUGGUCACGAGCCUACGCACGCUGGGUUCAUUGGUAAAGGAUGCCUCACUGGCGCGAUCAGCGGAGAGAUCUUUGCGUCUCCGUCUACGAAGCAGAUCAUCAACGGUGUGAAAGUUGUGCACGACAACGGGUCCAAGGGUGUUUUGCUUAUUGUCAAGAACUAUACUGGCGAUGUUCUCCAUUUUGGACUGGCGAGCGAAAGAGCCAAAAGUACCGGAAUUGACACCGAAGUUGUUGUGAUUGGAGACGACGUUGCUGUUGGUAGAUCCAAAGGUGGGUUAGUUGGCAGAAGAGCCAUUGCAGGUACUCUCUUUGUCCAUAAGACUGUGGGUGCCUUUGCAGAGUAUUACCCAAGCCAUACUUUGAAUCUGGACCAUGCUAAGGUCCCAGGACAUCCUUUUGAAUCCGAGCUGAAGAGCGAUCAGAUGGAGCUCGGUAUGGGUAUCCAUAACGAGCCAGGUGUCAAGAUUUUGAGUCCAAUUCCUUCUGCUGAAGAGCUAAUCAAGUUGCAAAUUCUGCCAAAGUUGUUAGAUCAAUCGGACAAAGAUCGUGCGUUUGUUGAAUUCGACUCGAGCGAUGAAGUUGCGCUUCUCGUGAACAACUUGGGUGGUGUGUCAAACCUGAUCCUAUCAGCUAUCACUGAAAUCACUACAAAGCUGUUAAAAUCUGAGUAUGGCAUUACUCCUAUUCGUACAUACCAGGGAACUAUGAUGACGGCAUUGAAUGGUGAAGGCUUUUCCAUCACUCUUUUGAACAUUUCUCGUGCUUCGAAGUCGUUCACAGAGGUUCCAAUCAUUGAUCUUUUGGACGCUGAGACUGAUGCUCCAGGAUGGCCCGUGAAGAAGUUCGUCGAUGAUGCACCAAAGUACAACAAGUCAUUGUUGGAGGUUCACUCGACCGUGGUCAAACCUGUUGGUACAUAUGAUGCUAAGCAUUUCCAAAAAUGGUUCCAGGCCGGCGCUGAUGCCCUCAUCAAGGCUGAACCAUACAUCACUAAGCUUGAUACCCAGGUCGGUGAUGGUGAUUGCGGUACCACGUUGGUUUCUGGUGGUGAGGGAAUCACCAAGAAUUUCGACUCCAUUCCAACGGAAACCUUGUCACAAGCGUUGGACAAGAUCAGUGACCUUGUUGAGACUUACAUGGGCGGCACCUCUGGUGGUUUAUAUUCGAUCUUCAUCUCCGGGCUGUCCCAAGGGCUGAUUUCCCAGGGAGCUGACCAGGAUACGCCAGUUGACUCGAAGCUAUUCGGACAAGCUCUGGAAACUGCCUUGGAUACACUGUACAAGUACACACGUGCCCGUGUCGGCGACUCCACCGUCAUCGAUGCCCUGGAGCCAUUUGUCAAAGAGUUCUCAAAGAGCCACGACCUGAAACAAGCCGUCGAUGCUGCUGACAAAGGUGCAAAGUCCACGGGCACAUUCGAAGCAAAGUUCGGCAGGGCAAGCUAUGUUGGAGAAUCCUCCAAUGUCCCGGACCCUGGUGCCAUUGGAUUAGUCGAGUUCUUGAAGGGUGUUGCCACCGAGUUCUGA